CUCUGCAAAGAAGGGUUUGUCUUCGAUUUGGCCAAGCGGAUCCAAGAAAUUGGUCUUGCGCACUCCCCGUCGGAUGGGCUCCCUUCAGAAGAAACCUUGGCCAAAUUCGAGCACGCUGGCAAAGUGGCCGCCGAGAAGCAGCGUAAGUGGAUUGGCAGCGCGGACGGUGAGUGUCUGCAGACGCACCACCGACCAGAAUGGUCGCGCACGCCUGUCGUGGCCGCGCCACCUAGCGGUUCAUCUAUCGAGGAGAAGCUCAAGCAUGUGCUCGACGACAAGAAAGCCAGAGCCGACGAGUUGAAGCUCGAUUAUCAGAGCUACGCUACGUUCAUGGGUCACGUCUUCCAGUGGGGGAUGAAGUGCGUGCUGAUGAAAGCGUGCUCGCCCACAGAGCUCUUGGCUUACCUGUUCAAUUUGACCCGCAUAGCUGAGGAACACGGCGGGGUCCGGACGGCUUAUCAGUACGACAUCUUGCAGCGCAAUGCGAUGGCGCGCUCGCUCGAGCGGGGCGAGGACCGCCUUUCGCGCUACUUCAACGUGCUCGACGAGGACAUGGCCCGGAAGGCCAAAGAUAAAGCAUCUCAGAAGAUGAAGGAGACCACCGGCCGGACGACCACUGGCCAGGCGCAGCAUGGAGGAGGCUCCCGGACCCACGGUGGCAGCAGCUCUGGUUACGGAGGCGGCGAAACUUCCAGCUCCAGCGGGGUGGCGUCGAAGGGCCAGGGCAAGGCGCACAAAGGGGCUGGGCCCGCGCCGAGCACCCCCAAGAGGAAGUGGGCCAGGUCGCCAAAGCGCUCUGGCAACGGCGGCAACUCCAACGGCAAGGGAGGCAAGGGCGGCCAUGGCAACAACCAGGGCAACAAGUCCUGGCAGGACAAGCUGUGGAACAAGUGA